CAUGACGAAGUCAGCCAGUGGGGUUGUAGAGACGGUAGACUUUACAUCUCCAUUGGUGAUGCCUCCCGGAACAUAAACUCCAUUGGGCACAGACGAGUCUGAUGAUGACGUCACGGAACACAGCGCAAAUCCCUAAAGUAACUUCGAGACUCGAGGAAGAAACCGACUUGACAGGCACAUGAGUACGGAAGCUUUGGCGACGUCAACAUGAGUCCACUUGUCCGGGUCAUCGUGGUGGGUGCAGGUUGUCGAGGGGAGAUCUACUCCCGCUAUUCCAUCGUCCACCCUGAUCGUGUGAAGGUUGUCGGAGUAGCUGAUCCCAGGAAGUUUGCCCGCACAAAGUUCCAACAACUGUACAACAUUGCAGAGGAGAACCUGUAUGAAGACUGGCGCAUUUUAGCCGAAAGAGAGAAGUGUGCCGACGCCGUUUUAAUUUGCACUCCAGACAUCCUUCAUAAGGAGCCCGCAGUGGCGUUUGCCAAGAAGGGCUACCAUGUUCUUUUGGAGAAACCAAUGGCCACGACGGCUAAAGACUGCAUAGAGAUUGUGGCGGCGUGCUCGAAGACCGGCGUGAUGCUGUGCGUGGGUCACGUUCUACGAUACGAUCCCUACAUCUGUAAGAUAAAGGAGUUGAUUGACAGCGGUGUCAUUGGUGAUGUGAUCCACAUCCAGCACUUGGAGCCAGUUGGCUUUUUUCAUUUUGCUCACUCCUACGUUCGGGGAAACUGGAGGAAUGAGGCGGAAAGCUCGUUCUCUCUUCUGGCCAAAUCGUGUCACGACAUUGACCUGAUUCAUCACUGGGCCGGAACACGCAGGUGUUUGAAAGUGACGUCGUUUGGUUUUGUCAGCCACUUCAGUCCAGAGAACAAGCCGGCAGGGGCUGGUGAUCGCUGCCUGGACUGUUCCGUCGAGGACACCUGUCCUUACUCCGCAAGGAAAAUCUACCUGGACAGGGUGAAACAGAACCCCUUUGCCUGGCCGCUGUCCGUCUUAUGCCCUGACACCUUGCCAGACAUCGAGACUGUAUCUGAGGCUCUGAGGACUGGCCCAUACGGCCGAUGCGUCUAUGAGUGUGACAACGACGUCUGCAGUAACCAGAUUGUUAACAUGGAGUUUGAAGGUGGCCUGACCGCAGCCUUUUCUAUGGUGGCUUUCACCGAAGAUAUCUGCAAACGAAAAACAACUAUCUAUGGCAGCAAGGGCGAGUUGUCAUUUAAAAACGACGAGAUCCGCGUGUUCGACUUUCUAACCCAGAAAGCCACCGAUUAUGUGGUGAGCGUGGAUUGCCCCAAGAACUUUGGCCUGUCCGGACACAGUCGAGCUGAUUACUGCUUGAUCGACUCGUUCAUUUCUGCUGUGGCUAACAAUGACCCGACACUCAUCGCCUCUGGUCCCGAGGAGACGCUGCGGAGCCACUUGCUGGUGUUUGAGGCGGAGCGAUCGCGACGAGAAAGCAGGGUGGUUCAUUUGGACUACUCCGGGUGAUUUUGGGGGAAUAGAAUUGAUUUACUUCAGGAAUACCCAAGAAUCACGUUUGCAGUGGGGCACGCGUGUCAUACUUUGGGAGCGGAGUAUUUAAUGUUAUUCAGUUAUGAAUGCUGAAUGUAUUCAAAUGUCACCUGGCUGUGACAUGCAGCCUCAUAGUAACACGAUCAAAGCAAUAAUCGGAUUGUACAUGGA